UUUGAACAAAAAGACAGAAGCAGGAAAGGAACUUUAUAAAUCAACCAGAAGACUUUUAUAUCUCAUCAACCUAUUGCCUAUAAAAGAUGAAGCUCAAAACAUGAUAAUAUUCCUUCCUUACUCUUAGUUUACCUUUUCUUGUUGGCUGGGGCAACAUAAGACUUUGGUUUAACCUGAAAAUUAUCCUUUACUUCAUAAAAUGAACAGUUAGCCUACCUUAUAUACCCAGAAUUGGCUUCUUCUCAACUAAAGCUUAUAUCGCACUUUGCUUAUUUCUAUCAAAAGAAGAAAACUGUAAUCAGAGCAGAAAAAAACAUGGGUGCUGUUGCCAAGAUUGCUAUGAGUUUUGACGCCCUGAUUGGGCCUGGGUUGAUGCUCCUGUAUCCACUAUAUGCAUCGAUGCGAGCUAUUGAGAGCCCUUCUACACUGGAUGAUCAACAAUGGCUGACAUACUGGGUUCUUUACUCAUUGACAACUCUCUUUGAGCUUUCAUGUUGGAGAAUCCUCCAAUGGCUUCCUUUCUGGCCAUAUGUAAAGCUCUUGUUUUGCAUGUGGUUGGUGCUACCAAUCUUCAAUGGCGCUGCAUACAUCUAUGAGAAUUAUGUACGGAAAUACGUAAAGUUUGGGUUGUCAGUGAACCCUAUGUACCCUGAGGGACACCGUAAAGUGCUCCAGAUGAUGUCUCUUGAUGCCCGGAAAUCUGUUGAACGCUACAUCGAGAGAUUUGGACCUGAAGCAUUCGAGCGUGUUGUCAGAGCAGCUGAAAGGGAAGCAAAGAAGCAAUAAGGAUGUAAAUCACGAAGGCUAUUUCAAAUAGAUCAGUUAUGAUAUGUUUAUUUCAUUAGUUGCCUGAUUGGGCAACAAUUGAAAGUUGAAACUAUGAUGUAAAACUGUAAAUAUAAACCAAUUCUAACAUAGAUAAUGAAUGAAAAUACAUUUGCUCCUGGAAACAGAAUGUAAUGGAAAUGUGUUGGAUGACAAAGAUGAUAUAAUCAUAAAAAAGUUCACAUCCU